AUGAGCACCCUCAAGCGGAAAGGGGCGCCAUCUGGCAAUGCCUCCAAGAAGGAUUCUCCCUCCAAGAAGGUGAAAUCAGAGAAGCCCGCGGACAAGACCCCCGGAACCAAGUCCUCCAGAACCCCCGACAAGAAGGCCGCAAAGUCUACGGAUAAGCCUGCGUCCUCUGCGCCUCCGAUCGCCCGCCUCAAGCAGGAGGAGCCGCUCUUCCCCAGAGGUGGUGGCAGCGUUCUUACCCCCCUGGAGCACAAACAAAUCACCAUCCAAGCGAAGCAAGACGCCCUUUUCGAGGAAGAGUCGGGCAAGGCGCCCAAGAAGGGGGACAAGGACACAAAGAAAAAGAAGCGCAAGUCUUCCGGCAAGGAUGCCAAGCAGGGCGACAAGCCUGCCCACGAUCCUGACGCUGUCAAGAUCGAGGGUCUCAACUACAAGCGCCUUGUAAAAGGUUCACUGGUCCUCGGUCAGAUCUGCGACAUCAACGAUCUCGAACUUACUGUGGCCCUGCCCAACAAUCUCGUUGGCCAUGUCUCCAUCACCUCGGUCUCCCCCGGCCUGACGAAACGUGUCGAGGCGGCGGCGGCGGCAGAUGACAGCGAUGCCGACGACGAGGAGUCGGCCGAAGACGAUGCCGACCUCAAGAAUCUCUUUGAAAUCGGCCAGUACCUUCGCGCUUACGUCGUAUCCACCGUCGAGGACUCGUCCGCCCUGCCCAGCAAAUCGAAGAGGCGGAUAGAACUGUCCCUGCGGCCAGAGGACACAAAUUCCACAAUCACACAGCAGGAAUUGGUUGCGAACAGCACAGUGAUGGCUGCCGUGGCCAGUGUGGAGGACCAUGGGUACGUGAUGGACCUUGGUCUGGCAGAGACAAAGAUCACCGGCUUCCUCCCGAGGAAAGAGGUCGAUCCGGCGAUCCGUGAGGGUCGGCUGCAGCCGGGCAGUGUUCUUCUGUGCAUGGCUACGGGCCUGAGCGGGAAUCGCAAGGUUGUGCAGUUGACGGCCCGCACCGACAAGAUGGCCAGCCCCAAGAGCUUUCCAUCCGAGGCCACGACGGUCGACACCUUUGCCCCUGGCACUGCCGUCGAUGUCCUGGUAUCUGAGGUUUCGGACCGGGGAAUUAUUGGAAAGGUAUUGGGUCAUCUCGAUGUCACUGCCGAUCAUGUUCAUUCCGGGGUUGGCCCGCAUGGCACAGAUCUGGAGGUCAAGUACAAGGUUGGCUCGAGGAUCAAGGCCAGGGUGAUCUGUACUUUCCCGGAUGCCAGGCAGCCUAAGCUGGGCAUCUCGAUCCUGGAUCAUGUUCUGUCCUUCCGGACCCCGAGCGCUCAAGUCGAGGGCAGUGAGAAAAACCCGCUGGACGCACUCCCGAUAUCUUCAGUGGUCGAGACUUGUGUGGUGAAGAGGGUCGAGGCCGAUAUCGGUCUGUUUGUCGAUGUGGGCAUCAAGGGCGUCCCUGGAUUCGUGCACAUAUCUCGGGUCAAGGACGGCAAAGUCGACGGGCUGUACGAGUCCAGUGGCCCGUACAAGCUAGAGUCGGUGCACCGGGGAAGGGUAGUAGGAUACAAUGCCUUUGACGGAUUGUUCCUGCUCUCCAUGGAGAAGAGCGUCCUCGAACAGCCAUUCUUGCGUGUGGAAGACGUGCCUGUUGGGGACGUUGUCGACGGCGUUGUUGAAAAGAUUGUGGUUGGCGAGAAUGGCGUGCACGGAAUCAUCGUCAAGAUCGCCGAGGGCAUAUCUGGGCUCGUCCCCGAGAUGCACCUCUCCGAUGUUAAGCUACAGCACCCUGAGAAGAAGUUCAAAGUCGGCUUGAAGGUCAAGACACGAGUCUUGUCGACUGACUCCCACAAGCGACAACUGCGCCUCACGCUGAAGAAGACCUUGGUCAACUCCGACGCGACUCCAAUCAAGGCAUUUGACGAGGUCUCCGUCGGAAUGCAGGUACUGGGGACGAUCAUCAAUGUCCUGCACAACGGUGCUAUUGUCCAGUUCUACGGUCGUCUCCGGGGCUUCCUCCCCCUGUCUGAGAUGAGCGAGGCUUACAUUCAAAACCCAAAGGAGCACUUCCGUCAGGGUCAAGUCGUCAAUGUCCAUGUCAUUGACGUGGAUGCUGCCACGAGUCGACUCAUUGUCUCGUGCAAGGACCCUUCGGCCUUCGGAAUCGAUAAGCAACUGGCCCUGAAGAACCUCAGCAUUGGUGACGUUGUCUCGGGCAAGGUCAGCCAGAAGACCGAGGACGACGUUUUUGUUGAGCUUGAGGGCAGCCUGCUCAAGGCGGUGCUCCCUGUCGGACAGUUGACGGACAAGAGUCGCCAAAAGAACCUGGCCGCUUUGAAGAGGAUACACGUCGGUCAGACUCUAACUGAUCUGGCCGUGCUGGAGAAGAACGAGGGCCGGCGAGCUCUCACUGUCACGUUGAAGCCAAGCCUGGUCGAAGCCGCCAAGAACGGAAAACUCCCCGCCAACUGGGACAAGGUCAAGGUUGGUGACCUGAUCCACGGAUUCGUUCGAAAUGUUACACCUACUGCUGUCUUUGUGCAGUUCGGUGGCAUGGCGACAGCAUUGCUUCCAGCUGCCAUGAUACCUCAAGAACGACACAAGGAGCAGGACUUUGGUUUGCACAAGCUACAAUCUCUGUCUGUGAAGGUUGUGUCUGUUGACCGGGAUCAUGCCCGUGCUGUGGUUGCCAUUCCUUCUGUUGCAGAUGCGAAGGAGCCGAGGCCAUCCAAGCUCACCAACAAACCCGUCGAGAACCCGGUGGACGAUUCAAUCAAGAGCGAAGACGACAUUGUUGUCGGCAGGGUGACGAAGGCCAAGAUCAUCUCUAUCAAGAGCACGCAGCUCAACGUCCAGCUCGCUGAUAAUCUUCAAGGACGUGUGGAUGUUUCCCAAGUCUUCGACUCCUGGGACGAGAUCCGCCACCCGAAGAACCCGCUCCAGAAGUUCAAGCCGAAGCAGACGAUCAAAGUCAAGGUCCUCGGAGUCCAUGAUGCAAGAAAUCAUCGCUUCCUGCCCAUCUCGCAUCGCUCAACACACUCUCUUAUUGAGCUAUCCGCCAAGCCCAGUGAUCUGAAGGAGGAGGGUGCCUGCGAUCCCCUCACCCUUGACCAGAUCACAGAGGAUUCAGAGUGGAUAGGAUUUGUGAACAACAUCAAGGCCAACUAUAUCUGGGUCAACCUUUCACCGUCUGUCCGAGGCAGAAUCGCCGCCAGCGACGCUUCUGACGACCUCGGCCAGCUCGGCAACCUCCCUGGAAACUUCCCCAUUGGCUGUGCUAUGAAGGUGCGGGUCAAGGCAGUCGAGGCGUCCAAGAACCGCCUUGAUCUUACUGCUAGGACCUCAAACGAAUCCAAUGCCAUCACCUGGGACAACAUCAAAAAGGGUCUGGUCCUCCCCGGCAAGGUGACCAAGGUCACUGACAGAUCAGUUCUGGUUCAGCUGAGCGAGGAUGUCUCCGCUCCUGUCCACCUUGUUGACUUGGCAGACGACUACGACGACGCCAACCCCAAAAAUUUCACGAGAAACGAGAUUGUCCGAGUGGCCAUUAUCGAUGUCGAUCCAAGCAACAAGAAGGUCAGGCUUUCGGCACGCUCGUCGCGGGUCCUCAACUCUGCCUUACCAGUCAAGGAUCGUGAGAUCACCCUGGUUUCUGCUCUCAAGACAGGCGAUAUUGUGCGAGGGUUUGUCAGGCGUGUUGCAGACCAAGGCUUGUUUGUCAACCUUGGCGGCCACAUCACAGCCUUCGUCAAGAUCACAGACCUAUCAGACACAUUCCUGAAGAAUUGGAAGGAGCAUUUCCGGAUGGACCAGCUCGUGAAGGGCCGCGUUAUUGCCAUCGAUUCAGACCUUGGACAGGUUAAUCUCAGCCUGAAGGACUCGCUUGUCAACAAGGACUACGUACCUCCUCGAACCCUCGCCGACUUCAAGGAAGGCGAGGUAGUAAAGGGCAAGGUCCGCAGUGUUGAAGACUUUGGCGCUUUUAUCGUCAUUGACGGGUCUGCAAACGUCAGUGGGCUCUGCCACCGGAGCCAGAUGGCGGAGAAGUCCGUCAAGGAUGCCCGUAAACUUUACAGUGCCGGGGAUGUGGUCAAGGCCCGGAUUCUGAAGAUCAAUUCCGAGAAGAAACAGAUCAGUUUCGGUCUCAAGGCGUCCUACUUUGAGGACGGCGGUGAGGGCUCUGACGAAGAGUCGGACGACGAGGCAGGAGGCGCGUUGGAUUCUGACGAGGAUGACGACAGCGACGAGGAUGACGAGUUCAUGGAUGCCGCCGAGGUGCUCAUUCAAGGCACAGACAACAUCGAUAACUCAGACUCAGACUCAGACUCAGACGACGCUGAAAUGGUGGACGCAGCUUCUGGAGAUGCCGGUGGCCUCGACGCUGGUGGUUUUGACUGGUCUGCCGGGGCUCUGGAUGAGGCUGGUGAUGAGUCGGCCGCUGAAGUAGACGAGGCCGACGACAGCAAAGACAAGAAGAAGAAGAAGAGGAAGGCGGAAAUCCAAGUUGACAGGACAGCUCAAUUGGAUGUCAACGGGCCCCAGACUGCGGAAGAUUAUGAAAGGCUUUUGCUUGGACAACCGGAUUCCUCUGACCUGUGGAUUCGUUACAUGGCAUUCCAGGCACAAGUCAGUGAACCAGCAAGGGCACGCGAAAUUGCGGAGCGCGCUCUCAAGACUAUCAACAUACGCGAGGAGACUGAGAAGCUCAACGUAUGGGUUGCCUACCUGAACCUGGAGAACCACUUCGGCACGGAUGAGACGCUGGCUGAGGUCUUCAAACGUGCGUGCCAGUACAACGACGAGCAAGUAGUGCAUGAGCGGUUGAUCAACAUCUACGUCGUGACCGGGAAACAUGAUAAAGCCGACGACCUGUACCAGGCGGCCAUCAAGAAGUUUGGUGCCAAGUCGCCACAAGUCUGGAUCAACUAUGCAACCUUCCUUCACAACACUGUCAAGGACCCAGAACGUGCUCGCGCACUCAUCCACCGUGCAACACAACGACUUCCAAAUCAUGCUCACCUCCCGCUGAUGACCAAGUUCGCCGGCCUGGAAUUCAGAUCCGCCAGCGGCAACCCCGAGCACGGCCGAACAGUGUUCGAGGGUAUACUCUCGGCCUAUCCGAAGAAGUUUGACCUCUGGAACCAACUGCUCGACCUCGAGAUCUCGACGUACAGCGCGGCGAAGAAGAGCGAGGACGGCAACGCAGACCCCACACACGUCAGGGAGGUCUUCGAGCGCGGCACCAAGACCAAGGGGCUGAAGCCGCUCAAGGCCAAGAAGUGGUUCCAGAGGUGGGCCAAGUGGGAGGAGGAGAACGGCGAUGCCAAGAGCAAGCAGAAGGUCAUGGCCAAGGCCACGGAGUGGACGAGAGAGGCCGAGGCGAGGAAGCAGAAGGGCGAGGAGGAGGACGAGGAGUGA